UCCCGCGGCGAUGAUCUCUCGCGUUUACGCCAACGCGUGAUUCAUUACAUAAACCCGCCCCGGCGCACGAAGCUGAAGGGCCUCCGGAUCAAGUCUAACCGCGGCUUCCGCAACAUCCUCACGGGCCGCCUCCUCUGCCCCGUGGGGAUGCUCGAGCAGUUUGACGAUGAUCCCACUGCGUUCCUGGUUGGAGUACGCGACGGCAAGAUCCACAUCACAAGCCGGGAUUGGCCCCUGUUCAUAUACAAGGAGUCGGCGAUGCAGCCCGGCAAGCUUCGCCCAGGCCUUUUCCGCAGCGAACUCCUCGAGGCGUGCUACAAGGCAGUCUACACGGGGCCGCAGUCCGCGGACGACGAGCUGAAAGGUAGCUGCAAGUCUACCGGAAAACCGUCCAUUUCCCAGAAAUACGGUAUGCAGGUUGUCAGCGCCGAAACGCUGUGCUACGUUAUUGCUCUGGCCAGCUGGUCCGUCAAGGACGGCCACUACAACGGGCAGGAAUUUAUGUAUUCCCUCUUGUGUGCGUUCGCGCAGGACACAGCAUGGUCCGACAAGGUGCUCGACUGGUGGACCAGGUACGUGCUCACUCGUCCAAUUGACCUCUUGACUAAUGAGACUCCAUAG